AUGUUGAGGGGGGGAUGUCUUACCAGCAAGGUGCUAAAAAUUGGAAAACGCUGGUUUGCUGACAAAGAAAGUGCUUUUUUUACCACAAAAAAAAAUAAAGGAACAGAAAAUGCCUUAUCCAAAUGCAUCCAAAUUAACAAGGCAAUUUUGAAAAAUGAAAAUAUUCUCGAAAUAGUAAAAAUAAUAAAGAAGAACGAAAAAAAUGCCAAUAUAAUUAAUUACGUAACGUUUCUUCACAGAUUAAUGCAAAUAAUAUGCAGUAAGAAAGAUGACCCCACUUACUUAAAAGGUGUAACAUAUAUCCAUGACGAAAUAGAGGAAAAAAUUAACAUCAUUUUUCAGUAUUUUAUUGACCACAAGAAGAGUUUUAAGGUUAAUAACUAUAACAAAAGGCUCUUUUCUUCCUUCAUAUGGUCACUUAGUAAGUAUGCCAGUCUGUUGAAAGAUGGUGACACUCGGCACCUCUUUGCCAGUACGGUGUCGCACAGUUAUUUGGCACAUCCAUGUAAAGGUCAAGUGGAGUGGCUGAAAAGGGUUUUUCUCUUAAAUUGGCAGGGGGAGCAUGCCAGUGAUGUGCACAGUGUGUACCUGUCCGGGGGUGAUGAUGACGACGGUAUGGUCAGAAGUGUACCUCUGCAGACAACUACUCGGCAAGGGGAACAAAACCGGCACGAUGGAAAAAAUUCCCCCCGCGAAGCAGUCAGGGGAAGCCCCCCCCCCUGUAAUAAGUUCAGCCUAUUAUGCUAUUAUGCAGACGCGUAUUUACCAUCCUUAAAUCCGUCUCGAUAUGUCCUUGUGCUUUGGUCAUUAAGCAAGCUGAAUAAACAUUUCAAAGAAUUACACGAGCGAUACUACAAGAGGAGCGAGAGUCUCUUGCCUCAGCUAAAGAGUAGGGAACUGAUAAUGUUGCUAUAUAGCUACUCCUAUGUAAAUUAUUCAAACUUACAUUUUUACGUAAAAGUGAAAGACUUUAUUAUGAGCAGAAAUACACAUAAGGAAAUCGUCCGUGUGGGGGAGUACGAAUCGGUGAUCAACAUGCUUCUGUCAUUUUCGAGGCAAAAUGUAUUUCCCCAAGACUUACUCGAAAGCACAGUAGACCAGAUUUUACAGUCGAAGGAUUUUUUAAAAUCGAUAAAAAGUAAGCAUCUAAUAACCCUCCUCUUUUGUCUAUGCAAAUUUCCGUUUUUAUACACAUCAGUGGAAAAACGCUUUGAAGCGCUAAAAAGAAGGGAGACAAAUAUAUGGGCAAGAAAAAAUAUCUUUUUGUAUGAAUUGCUAAAAAAGGAGAUUAUGAAUAGGUGCACAAAAGAGAGGAACCCAAGUAGAGAUACAUUUCAGACGGAGGAAAAAAAUACACACAAGGAGGUACCACUCCACAUGAUCAACUACUCCUGGGAAAACUUGAUUCUAAUCAUAUGGUCGUUAAGUCUUAAGUAUAUCUACUCAGCAAAAUUGUUCCUCUCCUGCUUUACUAAGUUAUCGGAUUAUUUGAAAAAUCAAAACUACGUGAACAGUUCAUAUCCCAUAUUGACGAACUUUUAUUUAUCCCUUUUGUCCUUCUUGCUAGAAGAUGGGACGGUCAUCAAUUUGUAUUUUAACACAGCAGAAUUAAAUGCCCUGUGUGUUUUGUACAAUAAUGUUGGCAUCUUUGAAAGGGAUUUUGGGACAUUCAAAAAGGCGAUAAACAUGAAUGGAAGGAAACAUGACGUGGAUGUGUCCGGCAUGCAUAAGGUUAUAUACAAUUUGAUUUCCAACCUUUUUAAAGGAUCAAAAAAUGUAGCUGUGUUGUUGGAACAUAAAAACGGGGUUAACUUGUCUGUGGAUAUUUUGCUGCGUCAAAAGGGGAACACUACAAGGCAGGAAAAGGAACACCGUCGGUUGGCUCCACGUGGUGAAUUUUUAGGUGAAGUGGCGUUAGCCCAGGGGCGGAAGGAGAAUAAGCAGGCUUAUCACAGCAACAAUGAAGGUGCGGCAAAAUGUGCAGGGUGUUCAACGGGAAGGAGCAACGCGACUAUUGGUUCCCCGUUCCAAACCCCCCCACGAAGCACAUCACUAAAUGCGCAUCAAAAGCGUGACUGUCACAACAGCGCCAAAACUGAUCACAUAAAACGUGGCACUUACAUUGAAGAGGUUCCCCACGUCAGUGCACCGUGUGAGAAGGCAGAUAUCCCCAGCGAUGAGAUAAGAAGUAGUUUGCUCAGCUUCAUGGAAAGAAUAAAAAAUGCGAAUGACAAAAUAGACGCCAAGGAAUUGAAAAAAUUAUUCAAAGAUGUGCUAACCUUCUUUGGGAAAUUCUCUACCCAUAUUAACGAGCAGGACACUGUUAGUUUUUUUUAUAAAUUUUCUGCCCUUUUUCCGCGAUUAUGUGAGUUAAGGGACCGUGGCAGGAUGGUCAAUGGUGGUGGCGAAGACUUCUUAACAAUUUUUUCCCACUUCCAUGGAUACAUCACUAACACUUUUUUUCAAAAUGCGAACAGAAAGAAGGCGCAUCAUCUGCUUGACGUGUGCUGGGUCUACUUCAGAUACAUGAAAUAUUUUUAUACUCUAUCGAAGGAAGGAAAUCCAGAUGGGCCUAGAGACAGAGAAAGCAUAACAGGAAUGGCAACUAAAAAAAGGCUAUCCGGAGAAAUAAAAAAAAUUGUAAACAUAUUCGACCAUGUUGUAAUAAACAAAAUGAUAACUGAACAAAUGAUAGCAAAAAUGUCGUCCAAAAAUAUGGCCCACCUUAUUUCCAUUUUUUUGCACAUUAACAAUUCGAGUAUGAUAGAAUAUUUAAAAAAAAAUAAUUUUCACAAUGUUCAUUUUACCGUGAAAGAUAUUCUCCUAAUUUUGAGUGCUUUAGCCAAGUCCGAUUUUGAAUGGAAAAUUGAAACAACCGAAUUUUGCAACAAAUUUAUUGAGCAUAUAGGCACCUGUGGAGUGCAGGACUUGGUGGAGUUUACCUAUCUGUGCGCAGAGCUGAAAUCGAGCAGUGAGCUUAUUAGUACGCAUAUUAGAGAUAAAGUUAACUCGUGUGGUCCUUUCCAACAGUUUUCAAAGAAGACAUAUGUGGAGCGAAGAAGCGACUGCUAUGGGGGGGUAGCAGACGUUUCUUCUAUCCCCUCCGGUCAGACAAAAUUCAUUGAGACUUUUGAACAGGAUGAGCUAGCCCUUUUCGUGAGAAACUGCUACCGAAUGCACUGUUUUGAUCGACAUUUUUUUGACACACUGUGCGAUGCAGCGCUGAGGAGGCGCAGCACGCUGAGUGCGAAAAGUCUCUGCAUUGUGCUGCCCUGUUUCGCGCGCGUUUAUUGCCUGCACGGGGUCGGCGCGUCUUCCCCCAAUGGAAGGAGCGGGGGAAGAGAGCCUCUCACACGAAGUGGCCACACUGGCAAGCUGGAUUACACUCACAAGGUGGAUCACACUGACAAGGUGGAUCACACUGACAAGGUGGAUUACACUGGAAAGAUUAAUCACAAUGGCAACGCUGAUCACACUGUUCACUUUACCCACAGCAGUGACCAUCUCGAUGCAGACAUGUCCUUGUGCAGGUACGACGUGCCCGCGUCCCUAAAGAAGCUCGCAAAGUACGCGGAGGCGAAAAUACUCUCCAGCGGAAACCCCAAUUUGUUCAACCUGGCAUAUUUUAUGGAGGCAUUUACGCUGCUCAAAGUUGAAAACAAAAGGGCCUAUGCUUUAUGCGCGAAGGAGUUAGAAAGGAAGGUAGGAAUUAACAUACGAAUCGGAGCCACAGACGGGGGAGAGAAGAAAAUACAAUGUUGGGGAGAUACAGAUAAGGAGGUAAGACUGCUGGGGAAAAUUCUAUGGUGCAUGUCGUACUACCAUAAGACGGAAUUUAUCUUGGCAGGGAAAAUUACCAACUUUUUUCUAAGGAAGAGAAUGUACAAAAAUGUAUCCCCUGAAAAUUUCAUUUCCAUUUUUUUGUACUACAUAAAAUCGAGAGUAUACAACAGAAGCUUGUUCCAUAAAAUGGGCCAAGCUGUCACAAUGAGCAUAACUGUGGGCAACUAUUUUAUUGGCAAGGAGGGUAAACGCAGGGGAGGCUUUAAGUUGAGUGUCAUCACCGAACUGUUUGGAACCAUGGCAUGGGCGUACGCAUUUACCUGUUGUUAUGCACACCAGAAGGAAGAUAGUACCAAUAGGGGGAGAAAAAAAGAGGAAAAAAAUAAAAGACAAAAAAGUGAAAUAAAAAAUGAUCAACUAUUUUUAAACAAAAUAUACACCUUCUUGCUAAACGAAAUUAAAACUCUCCACAAAUAUAAAGCACUUUCCUUUUUACUCUUAGCAAGAUAUUUAUGGGGCGUCGCAAUUGCAAAUUUAGUAAAUGAACAAGUAGUACAUUUUAUUAACGGCUACAAUUGGAAUGCUGUAAAUGUAAAGGAACAAAAUUAUAUGCACUUACACAUGAUUGUUACCUUUUGGUUAAGAUUAAAAUAUUCUCAUCAUGGGUUUCACCUUUGUGAGGACUUCCUCACCUUGAAGAAUCAUAUUAUGAGCCUACUUGGCAAAAAGAGGGAAAUUUUUAAAAAUGGCCACCAUACUGCUAGCGAGAACAUAUCAGAUUUCCACCAGCAAGUCUGCCAAAUAUUAGACAAAUUCGGGGUGAAAUACGAAAAUGAGUAUAUGGCGCAGGAACUUUUGUCCAUCGACUUGGCCAUAAGGGAUGGAACGAGGGGGGAAAAGAUUGCCGUUGAGGUGGAUGGCCCAUCACACCAUUUGGUACUUUUGGACGAGACCGAUACGAGGGCUAAGAAGAUGUAUGCCCCAUGUGGAACAACCCAUUUUAAAAACUGGCUGUUGAGGGAAAUGGGCUGGACGGUCAUCAACCUCGAAGUGCAUGCGUGGAAUAAACUCAGCAAAGCAGAGAAGGAGGCCUACGUGGUGGAGAAACUGACAAAUUGUAGUGAGAGCCUUAACAAUCACUUUGCGAAGUGGGCCUCACCGAAUUGA